AUGCCUGAUCUUCCAUUCAAGAUAAUCGAUGUUAGCAAAUGGCAAAACGAAAUUGAUUUUCAGGCUGCCAAAGAUAACAGCCAAAUUCAAGGUGUUAUGAUUCGCUCCAGUUACGGAUCAUAUGAUCCGAAACAGAUUGAUACAAUGUUCGAAAAUCAUAUGAGAAAUGCAAUUGCAUCAAAUAUGCUAAUAGGAACAUAUCAUUAUGGUUACGCACGUUCUGUUGAACAAGCAGAGAGAGAAGCAGAUUUCGCAAUUUCAGUAAUCAGCCCAUAUAAAGACUACAUUAAAUUCCCUGUAGCAUAUGGCGUAGAAGAUGCUGCAAUGAAUGUUGGAAAGGAACUUGUUGCAGAUAUGGUAAUUGCUUUUUGCAAUAAAGUAAAGGCUGCUGGUUUCAAACCAAUGCUAUACCUCAAUUUGGUAUGGGCAAAUAAUUAUUGCAACAUGGAUCGAAUAAAUGAAGCGGGAAUUGACGUUUGGCUUGCCGAGUACAAUUCAUACUGCAAAUACACAGGUCCAAAGACUAUGUGGCAAUUUACCGAUGCUCUCUCAAUUUCUGGCUACCCUGAACCUGUGGAUGCAUCAUGGGUUUACAAAAACUACGAAUAA